AUGCAAUUAUCUAAGGUGUCGAUCUUGGGUAAGGAUAGUAUUCAUGUUGGGCUGAAUAUUCAAAGCCACAUUGUGGAUACUAUCUACGAAUCAUGCACUUCUUCAACUUACGUGAUCAUAAACGACACUAAUGUUGAGAAGGUGCCUUAUUACAAUGAUUUGCUCAGUGAAUUUAAGAAGAAAUUGAACUCUAAUUCACGUAUUUUGCGGUACUCUGUCAAACCAGGUGAGGCUCACAAAACUCGUGAACAGAAAGAGGACAUCGAAGAUUACCUACUAAGUGAAGGAUGCACCAGAGAUACCGUGAUCGUUGCUGUGGGUGGUGGUGUCAUUGGUGACAUGAUCGGAUUUGUCGCUUCUACUUUCAUGAGAGGUGUUCGUGUAGUCCAGAUUCCAACCUCUUUACUAGCUAUGGUUGAUUCUUCUAUUGGUGGCAAAACAGCAGUAGACACACCACUAGGGAAAAACUUUAUCGGUGCUUUCUGGCAACCACAAUUCGUUUUGGUCGAUAUAAAAUGGCUAGAAACCCUUCCAAAAAGAGAAUUCAUUAACGGUAUUGCAGAGGUCAUCAAAACAGCCUGUAUUUGGAACGCAGACGAAUUCGCCCGUUUGGAAGCAAAUGCUGGAUUGUUUUUAUCAGUCGUAAAUGACUGCAAGAUGAAGCAGGUUUCGGUAGCCGAUCAAAUCCAUGAGAUUUCUUUCACGAACAUUGAUGUCAUGGCUGAACACGUAUACAAACUGGUACUGGAAAGUAUCAAAGUUAAAGCUGAAGUUGUCUCUUCCGAUGAACGUGAAUCUGGUUUGCGUAACUUAUUGAACUUUGGUCACACUAUUGGACACGCUUAUGAAGCUAUCUUGACUCCUCAAGCUCUGCAUGGAGAAUGUGUUUCUAUCGGUAUGAUUAAAGAAGCUGAGUUAUCACGCUACUUUAACAUAUUAUCUCCAACACAGGUGGCUAGAUUGACUAAGAUCUUAGCAGCGUACGGCUUGCCAAUUUCCCCUGAAGAAAAGUGGUUCAGAGAGCUGACCCUUCACAAAAAGACUCCGUUGGACACUCUAUUGAAAAAAAUGAGUAUCGACAAAAAGAAUGACGGAUCCAAAAAGAAGGUUGUUCUGCUUGAAAGAAUUGGUAAGUGUUACGGCACUUCCGCUCAUAUCGUGAGCGAUAGCGAUUUGAGGUUUAUUUUAACAGACGAAACACUGGUAUACCCUUUCAACGAGAUUGACACAACUAAGCAUGUUACCAUCACCCCACCAGGGUCUAAAUCUAUUUCUAAUCGUGCCUUGAUCCUUGCUGCACUAGGUAAAGGUACUUGUAGGAUAAAGAACCUGCUUCAUUCCGAUGAUACAAAACACAUGUUACAUGCAGUUCAGCAGCUCAAGGGCGCAACUAUAACUUGGGAAGAUAACGGUGAGACAGUUGUACUUGAGGGCCAUGGAGGUGAGACCCUAACUGCUUGUGAGGAGCAUUUAUAUUUGGGUAACGCUGGUACUGCCUCUAGGUUUUUGACUUCGGUGGCAGCAUUAGUGAAUUCUGCGCCAGGUCAAAAAUCUAUCGUUCUUACCGGUAACGCUAGAAUGCAGGAAAGACCUAUUGGCCCAUUGGUGGAAUCUCUGCGUGACAAUGGCAUAAAGAUAGACUACUUAAACAAAGAGGGAUCUUUACCUCUGAAGAUUGACACCGACUCUUCUUUCAAGGGAGGUAGAAUUGACUUAGCUGCUACUGUUUCUUCCCAAUACGUUUCAUCCAUUUUGAUGUGUGCCCCAUACGCUGAUGAACCUGUUACUUUGUCACUAGUCGGUGGAAAACCAAUCUCUAAACUUUACAUCGAGAUGACGAUCAAAAUGAUGCAAAAGUUUGGUAUUCAGGUCGAAGAAUCCAAGUCCGAACCUUACACUUACCAUAUUCCAAAGGGCCAAUAUAUUAACCCUUCUGAGUACGUUAUCGAGAGUGAUGCUUCAUCUGCUACAUACCCCCUUGCAUUUGCUGCAAUGACGGGUUGCACCGUCACUGUUCCUAACAUUGGCUAUGAAUCUCUACAAGGUGACGCAAGGUUUGCUAUGGAUGUUUUGAAGCCAAUGGGAUGCUCAGUAACACAAACUGCUACGUCAACUACUGUUACAGGUCCUCCAGCCGGACAAUUGCAACCACUGAAACAUGUUGAUAUGGAACCAAUGACAGAUGCAUUUUUGACUGCAUGCGUUGUCGCGGCUGUCGCUCAUGAUGAUGUCAAGGAUUCUGACAAUACCACUACAAUUGAAGGAAUUGCUAAUCAGCGUGUUAAGGAGUGUAACAGAAUUUUGGCUAUGGUUACCGAGCUAGCAAAAUUUGGUGUUCGUGCUAAUGAGCUGCCAGAUGGUAUUCAAGUUCAUGGUGUUGAUUCUAUAGACAAAUUGACUGUUCCCUCUAACACCAACGGGCCUGUUGGUGUUGAUACUUACGAUGACCAUCGUGUCGCUAUGAGUUUCUCUCUGUUGGCUGGUAUGGUCAAUAAGACAAGCUCCGAAUCGAGCAGACCUGUACGUAUCUUAGAAAGGCACUGUACCGGUAAAACCUGGCCUGGGUGGUGGGAUGUUUUACAUACUCAACUUGGAGCUAAACUAGAUGGUGCUGAGCCGCUAGCUUCUUCCUUGGCUGGUCAAUCCAAGAAAAGCAUCGUAAUUAUUGGUAUGAGAGCCGCUGGCAAAUCGACUGUUAGCAGAUGGUGUGCUGAUGCCUUGGGUUACAAUUUGCUAGAUUUAGACGUCGUAUUCGAACAGUUUUAUGGGCAAGGCACCGUCAAAGAUUUUGUUGCUAAAGAAGGUUGGGAAGCUUUCCGUGCAAUGGAGACAAAGAUAUUCUCUGAAAUGGUUGCUAAGUAUGGAGACAAAGGAUACAUUCUUUCAACAGGAGGUGGUAUAGUCGAAAGUCCCGAAUCUCGUAAGGAAUUGAAGAAGUUCGCUGCUAAUGGUGGUAUCGUUUUGCACUUGCAUCGUGACAUUGAGGAAACCAUUGUGUUUUUGCACAGCGAUCCAACUAGACCAGCUUAUGUUGAAGAAAUUAGAGAUGUUUGGGAAAGAAGAGAAGCAUGGUACCACGAAUGUGCGAAUUUCACCUUCUUUGCUCCACACUGUGGCACGGAGUCUCAAUUUCAGAACCUAAGAAGAACUUUUGAAAAGUACAUUGGUAGAAUAACCGGUAUAAGGGCAGUAGAAAUUCCUACCAGGAGAUCUGCUUUUGUCUGCUUGACGUUUGACGAUUUGAGCGAGCACACCGACAAACUAUCAGACAUUACAUAUGGUUGUGAUGCUGUUGAGGUAAGAGUAGAUCAUUUAGCUAACUAUUCGCCCUCUUUUGUCAUCAAACAGCUGGCUUUGUUACGCAUUGCUACUAAUUCUUUGCCAAUUGUUUUCACUGUCAGAACAAAGAAGCAAGGGGGUAACUUCCCUGAUGACGAUUUCAGGGCUCUAACUUCACUAUUUGAACUUGCUUUGAAGGCUGGUGUCGAAUUUAUUGAUCUUGAACUAACGCUGCCAAUUGAUUUACAGUACCGCAUCAUGAACAACAAGGGAAACACAAAAAUCAUCGGUUCUCAUCACGACUUUGAGGGUCAGUACAGCUGGGCUGACCCUGAAUGGGAAAACAAAUAUAACUUGGCUUUGUCUUUGGAUGUUGACAUUGUCAAAUUUGUUGGCACUGCUACAAAGUUCGAGGACAAUCUGGCUUUAGAACAAUUCAGGUCAACUCACGAAAAGAAGCCACUCAUUGCAAUUAACAUGACAGAGAAUGGUAAGCUUUCGAGAGUUUUGAAUACCGUUCUAACUCCAAUUACCUCUGAGUUACUUCCUUCAGCCUCUGCUCCUGGUCAGUUAACUCUACCGGAAAUCAAUAAAAUUUAUGCUUCUUUAGGUGGCUACUCACCAAGAGAUUUUUUUGUUGUUGGCUCUCCCAUUGGCCAUUCUAGAUCUCCAGUACUACACAAUACCGGUUACGAAAUUUUGGGUUUACCUCACAAAUUCCACAAGUUUGAAACUACUUCUGCUGCAGAAGUGAAGAACAGCCUUUUGAACAACCCCAAACUUGGCGGGUUGGCGGUCACGAUCCCAUUGAAAUUGGAUAUAAUGCAAUAUAUGGAUGAAUUGACCGAAUCAGCAAAGCAGAUCGGUGCAGUCAACACUGUUAUUCCUUUGGGAGACGGAAAAUUCAGAGGUGACAACACUGACUGGUUGGGCAUUUUGAACUCACUCAUUUCCAAUGGAGUUCCAGAAGGUGCCUCCAAUUCUGCAGGCCUUGUUGUUGGAGCUGGUGGCACUUCGAGAGCAGCCAUUUACGCUUUGCAUAAGUUAGGUUGCUCCAAAAUUUUCAUGAUUAAUAGGACAGCGUCCAAACUUCACGACUUGAAGAAAGAUUUUCCAACGGAAUACAACAUCAAUAUUAUUGAAUCAGCAAAUGAAGUCGAAUCGAUCUCAGAAAGUGUGUCCGUUGCGGUGAGCUGUGUACCUGCUGAUAAGCCUCUCGAUGCUGACCUAUUAGGAAAGGUUGAGCGCUUCUUCAACAAGGGAAUCAAUGGCAGUUUUGCUCCAACUCUGUUAGAUGCCGCAUACAAGCCAAGCGUAACUCCUAUUAUGAAGUUAGCUCGUGACAAGUAUCAUUGGCAAGUUAUUCCUGGAGCUCAAAUGCUAGUUCACCAAGGUGUUGCUCAAUUCGAAAUCUGGACCGGCUUCAAGGCACCAUUCAAGGCAAUUUACAAUGCUGUAACUCAAGAAUGA